AUGGCACCCAGGAACGACAGAAAGAACCCACUGAUGCACCUCGUGGCUGGUGGUGUGGCCGGGGUGGUGGAAUCAUCCUGUUGCCAUCCGCUUGAUACCGUCAAAACCAGGAUGCAGCUGCGAAUAAAAGGCGGCAGCACCAAAGGGCCUCUCCGCACUGCUUCGAGCAUCAUCACGAAGGAAGGCUUUCUCGCUCUUUACAAAGGACUAAGUGCCGUAAUGAUGGGCAUCGUCCCGAAGAUGGCUGUCCGCUUCACUUCCUUCGAGACCUACAAGGAGUGGCUUGGCGCUUCUCCUACCGGAAACAAAGGAUUGGUGUUUCUGGCAGGUCUUGGGUCGGGCGUUACGGAGGCCAUCGUGGUGGUAACGCCUGCCGAAGUAUGUAAGAUCCGCAUGCAGGCGCAGUUCCACUCGCUGCUGGACCCGGAGGAGAUGGCGCGGCGCAAGUACAGGAACGUGCUGCAGACAGCGGUGGUGGUGGCUAGGGAGGAGGGCGUGGGGGCGCUGUACAAGGGGCUGGCGCCGACGGUUCUUAGGCAGGGGUGCAACCAGGCCGUCAACUUCACCUGUUACCAGAUGUUUAAGACGCAGCUAUCUUUGUACACUGGCAGCGAGGAGCUGGCGUCGUGGCAGCACAUGCUCCUGGGGGGACUGAGCGGCGGCAUCGGGCCGUGCGUUAACAAUCCCCUCGAUGUCGUAAAAACUCGCUUGCAGAAGCAGGUGGUGAUCCCCGGGCAGGCGCCCAAGUACGGCGGUUUCGUGUCGGCGAUCUCGCUCAUCGCCAAGGAGGAAGGGGUGAAGGCUCUGUGGAAGGGCCUCACGCCCCGGCUCAUGCGGAUCAUGCCCGGGCAGGCCAUCACCUUCAUGACCUACGAAUGGGUUUCCAAGCGGCUUCCGGCUUCGUUCACGGCUAGCAAGUAACCAAAUCCGCGUCCCCUAUUCCCUCGCCAGUAAUGGUGGCGACUAAGUAGUCACAUUUUUCGCUUUCUGUUUGUGCUUUUUGAGUGGUGUGCAUUGCGUGCGAGAAACGCAGGGGGGGAGCGCGUCAUUCCCUGCGAAUAUGUAGCGAACCUGAAAUGCAAGAGCAUGGAGGUACCCUGAUCGCAAGAGAGCCCGGCGGGGGUAAGGAAUCGAAGCCACCUUUGCAGGAGGUGACGCACUCAUACGGACUGUAAUCUAUCCUAUUGUGUUUGUGCCUGUGGAACUUGUGUUGUGUAGUGAAUGUCAUCGAUAUUCGCCCCGAAACGUGAGAAGCGUGUCUAGUUCACGUCUCGUUUGGAGGGUCGGGUUUGUCGAGAAAGCUGCAGUGAGCAUAUGCAUACCAAUUUUGCCUAGUGUUGUUGUUCCGGGGGUCGUAUUAAAGAAUAACGCUGACAACUGUGGUAGCAGAAAGGGUGCAGAGUGCAGCCGAUAUCAGGUACAAGGUUGGUACAUCCUGCGUUCUUUCGUUUUUGGGUCGUCCCAGGGUUCCUGCAAGCUGAUGACAGCUACUGGGUAGCCGACGGAAUAGUGAACAUAGGGUAUACGGCCUGUAUAGAACAAUAUGCUGAUGUUCUCGGUACCUCUCGCUGCACCUCCAGCUGCGAAAUGUGCGAGCACCGGUUCACCAGGAGGCUUUGUAGGCCAUGAAGCCUCGCCCUAAUUGCGGUUGUGGAGCCAUUGUCAACACUGGUAUCGUCGAGGUAGUCGUACGUUAACCCCCGUAUGUACCGCCGUCUAGCAACACUGCUGCACACCGGGGCUUGUGGACAAGUGUGUGAUAUUGAACCGAAGCCGUGAUUGCACCAGACCAUCGUUCGAUAGUGUUGUGUAUUAUCAUUGCACCCAAUUACUGCUUGUCGUACCAUGUCCAAGUAUGGGGUACGUUCUUGCUUUGAAUGAAAAGAGGGAAAAGGGACGGGGCCUCGGCGGGGGGGCAAAGCCUGAGCCCUGUUCCCGUGCGCGGUGGACGUACUGGCUUUCGGUGGCGAUUUGGCAAUUUUUGUGUAGACAGUUUGUGCUUUGCUGCUUCGGCACACCCAUCAGCUGCACACCUUCUGUUUCUUGCGCGUGUGCAAUAUAUUGUUGUAGCCUAUGGUUCGUGAGAUACAUCUUUGUUGACAUUAUUGUUGGACUUGUUACCGAUCCGUGGUGCGUCCAAAAGACGGAAAAUAUUGUUUCUGCUCAUCGUGUGGAGCUUGGUGUUGUCAAAGUAGUUGGUGUUGCUGUGGACAUGGGGGCAUACAUGCAUGAAACGUUAAACAGGCGUGCAGAUUCACGGGGAUGGUUUACAGACGAGUAGACCUUGCUCCCGAUGUCAGUUU